AUGGUGGAUCCGGUGCCUGAAGAGGAGAAAGAGGGAGCCGAGCCGGGUGGCUCGGAAGGGGAUGGGGCCACUGCGUCGGUCCCUCCCGAUGCCCAAGGCGCCCAGCAGCCUGAGGCCUCCUCGGCCUCGGCCUCGGCGGCGCCCCGCAAGGCUGACGUCCCGUGCGCUGCAGACGGCGGGCGGCGGGAGCAGUCCCCGCUGCUGCACCUCGACCUCUUCAACUUCGACUGUCCCGAGGCAGAGGGCAGCCGCUACGUGCUCACCAGUCCCCGCUCGCUGGAGGCCUGUGCCCGCUGUGCCGUCAAGCCAGUGGAGCUGCUGCCGCGGGCGCUGGCCGACCUAGUGCGCGAGGCCCCCGGGCGCUCCAUGCGGGUGGCCACCGGGCUGUACGAGGCGUACGAGGCGGAGCGGCGCGCCAAGUUACAACAGUGCCGAGCGGAGCGCGAGCGCAUCGUGCGCGAGGAGAAGCGACGCCUCUUCACGCCGUUGGGCCCCGCCGCCUCCGCCGCGGCCGCCGCCGCCUCCGCCUCGGCUUCCACUCCGAGCGCGGGUGGCGGGAGCAGCAGCAGCUGCAGCAGCGCCAGCCUCCCGGCCUCGCCGGCGCCGCGUGCCGCCCGAAAGACCUCUCCCAGUCCUUCCUCCGGCCGCACCCAACCUCCGCCCGCGGGGUCCCGGACAGGCAGGAAGAGUCACUCUCUGGACUCGCUUUCCCGCCGGCGGGAUGGUGCCCUCAGCUCCGAGUCCGGAGCAUCGUCCUCCUCCUACAGUGGAGAGAGCCUUCGGGAGCUUCGCUGGCCUCCGCGAGCCUCAGCCAGGAACAGCUGCCCCGCGGGCUCAGCGUCCUCCGCACCCAACCCUCUGGGCCGCCCUUCCGCCCUGACCCUGGUACCUCUCACCGGCCGCAGCUUCAGUCUCGGGGACUUGAGCCACUCCCCGCAGACCGCUCGGCAUGUGGAGCGCAUCGUCCGCCAAGUGCGCGCCGAGCGUGGCCUACGCGGGGUGCCCGAGCGCGACCGCAAGAUCGCAGCGCUCAUGCUGGCGCGGCACCAGGAAGAGCGCCUGUUGCUGGAGCAGCGCGCCGCGGCCCACGGCCAGUGGGAGCAGCAGCGCGUGCGCGCCGAGCAGCGGCGGGAGCGCGAGGAGCGGGAGAAGCAGCGCGCCUUGGAGCUGGGCCGUCGAGCCUGGGCCGCGCAGGUGGAGGAGCGGCGCGGUCGCCGGGGCCGCGAGGAGCGCGAAGCUGCACAGCAGCGGCAGCAGCAGUGCGAGCGCAGCGAGGAGAGACGGAGGGAGCUAGCGGAGCGCCAGGGCUUGCUGCGGCGGGAGCGGGCCGAGCGCACGGCCCGGGAGGACCGACUGCGCAAGCUGCAUCAAGAACAGAACCUGAAGCAGCGAGAAGAGGGCCUGCAGGAAGGGCGCGAGAGGGCCGAGCAGGUCCGCCGGGAGCGCGCUCAACGCGCGGCCCGCGCCAAGCAGCGGCAGGAGGGCCAGGUGCGGCGGGAGAAACGCGAGCUGAGCCGAGCCGAGAGGGCGCGCCACGAGGCGCUGCUGCGGGGCCGGGUACGGCAGCAGCACCAGGAGCGAGAGGGUCUGCGGAACUCCCUGGAGGCCAGCUUGGGCCGUGCGCAGGAGAACUACGAGCAGUUGGUCGAGCAGCGCACACGGGAGCUUCGAGAGAGGGCCCGGCGGGAGGAGCUGCAGGGUCGACGGGCCAAGGAGGCGGCCGAGCGCAAAGAGCGGGAGCAUCAGGCGCACCUCGAGGCGCUGGCCCGAGCCGGAGAGCGACGACUGCAGCACGCGGCGCAGGUGGCCGAAGAGGCCGUGCAACAGAAGGCUCGGCGGGUGAUCCAGACCCGGCUGGAGAAAGAGCGAGCCCAGCGCGCCAACAAGGAGAAAGUGGAGAGGGAUGAAGACUGCCGGCGGCGGGAGCUGCUCCAGGCCAUUGGGCGCAAGCUGGAGCGCAGUGAGCAGCUCUCGCGGGAACGGCGCAGCGCGCUGGAGAGCGCACGCUCCACCGCCCGCGCCUCCUUCCACGUGCGCGAAAAGGUGCGCGAGGAGACCAACACGCGCUCCUUUGACCGCAUGGUGCGGGAGGCCCAGCUACAUGCUAGCCUGGAUCGCAAAUGA